AUUACAAAGAGGUCUUCUGCACCCCGUGGUUGGGUCAUUUUUAGUAAAUGCAGAAUUUCUACGAGGCCAGCUAUCUUGUUAUGGUCUCAGUUAUUGCUUCAAUAAGCUUACAAUGUGGGCAGAGUUACCUUCUUUAUUGGACAUUUUUCACGUUGUUAUGCAUCUAUUGCCAAAUUUCUAGAAUUCCUGCUACCUAGUGGCGCAAAAUUUAUCUUGGCGCUCAAACGAGCGAUGUGGAACGGAUAGAAACUUAUUUCAAGGCACCUCUACAGUGAAACAGAAUCCUUGUUAGGGUAUGCUUAUUUAAGAAAUUUUGUUUUUUAACUGUAGUAUGCUUUAUCACGAAUGGAAAAUGCAAGACAAUAAAUCCAAGUGAUUGUCGGCAUCACGGCCUUGGGCGGGGAGGCAGGGCUGGAACUGGGUAUUAAAAUAUUACGCAGAAAAUUACUUUACAACGCAUUUCCCUCACGUCAAUCCGGAAUAAAUUCACGACAAUCUUUGAUCCCCCAUAUUUUCGAAAAACGAAUAUUCCUAAGAUUUAACGCAAGCUUCCUGUUUCCUCUAGCUUUUUGAAGCUACCAACUUUUUGACAUCAAAUCAACAUCGUCGGCGCCGCCGGCGCGGUCGUUUUUUAAUGCGUCGUCGGGAAUAGCUCUGGUAUUUGUAGGCGCGGAUUCGGUUCCUAUUGCUUAGUCAUUUCUCGAAAUAUUUUUCUUUUGGUCUUCAUUAACACCGACUUCCAUACUGCGAGCACCGGCGUCAAAAGUUGGUGAUAUUCAAUAAAAGUUGGUUGAUAUUCAAUUAAAGAGAUCGAUUCACGUAUGGAUUUGACAAACGUCCGACGAGAUUAAUAAAAUUUUAUAAAAAAGCCAUUGCGAGAUAGCUUUUUAUAAUAAGAAAUUUUGUAGGAGCUUUAAAUCGAACAAUCCGCUUAGUAAAUUAUAUUUGUUCAGGAGCCCUUCACUAAGUAAUGCGCUCCAUAUUUGGUCUAAUUCAAUCUGAAUUAGACAAAACAAAAUUUGCUUAAUUAACGGCUGUCAAGAUUUUUUGGGGAAAUUUUCCACAAUUGUUCCGCUAAGAUCCUACGAAGCUUCUUUGAUUCAAAGAAUCAAGAGUACUUAAAAAGAAAAUGGCAGAAAGAUUCUGGAGAUUUUGCUAAGAUAGGACGGGAUCAUUGUGAAAAACAUCAGAGUCGUAAUAUAAACACUGACAAGUAAAACCCUUCACUUCGUUCGUCACCGAUCCAAAUAAACCCUUUAACUCCUGUGAGUGACCAAGAGAGAAUUUCUCCUUUCAGUAUUGGUACAAUAUCAAGGAGACAAGUAAUGAUAAAAGAUCAAAAUUUCAAUUAGGGGAUCUAAUACAAAAUUCUCCAAAGGAACAUCAGGAGAAUUGCAUAGCAGAUAGUAGUGAGAAUUUCAAAUGAGAUCUUGGAAGUGAAAGGGUUAACGGGAACUUACGCAAAAGCUAAAACCCGCCACAAUUCCAGCAACGAGAAAGAGGAGAAGACUGGGGACGGGUGGGGGGAUCGUUGUUUCGUGGUGUAUAGCACAAGAACCUUAGCUCCCUAAUAAUUUGAGUUAUGAAAACCUAGUGUAGGUCAACGUAACUAACUCACUGCAGGUAACUUCAAAGGUCUUCAAAGUUGUUAUAAAGGACAAAUGAAUCCAGAAAUCGUUUCUAUGUUUUGUUUUGAACUAGGACUGGUUGAACUUUGAAGCUUGAGCGAGGGGUAAACUUCAAUAAUUUGUUAAACAGUUGAAGUUACCUCAGGGAACUUUUCAACAACAAUCGACACCAUUUUGUCCUUUAUACUCGUACGAAGGUAGCGGAGCGUUUUAAAAGCGGAAAGGAGGGGUGACACCUUUAAUUUUACCAAUUCCAUUCCCCGACUUCAACUCUCUAAAAUGACUUUUUGCGAACUUCUUCGUCAUCAGCAAAAUUCUUCUCUGACCUUACAGCACUCAGUGUGUCCUUAAUCACGCAGUUUGUGACAAUAGAUAAGAUGGCAUUGCUUAAAAUAAAAUGGUACAAGAUGUUUUGAAAUGAAGACGUGAAGUGCGUUGCUAAUAAAAUGAUUAGUGGAUAAAUUCGCGACGAUGAAAAUUGUAAGUUUUAUGCAACGAUUUCUAGAAAUUCCCUUACCGAAACGUGGGGCUAGCGCCCCCUGCAGACAUCUCCUUCCGCCUAUUGAUUAGUCUAUUGACUGAUAAAUUUAUUUUUGCACGGCAAAAAAUCUCCUUCAGUAUAAUUUAAAAGUACAACAUUUAAUUCUACUUGGCUAAUCUAACUAAUGAAAUGAAAUAAAACCUGUCAUCCUUGAAAAGCAGCGCUAGCCUUAGGACAUUCCGCGUCUCAAGUUGAAAAAUUGUCCAAGGUGAAAAAUUGUCCAAGGUCAAUUGCAUAAGCGUGCAGAGUCUGAAGGCAAACAAACCUGGAGAUUUUUUAUCACGUAUCAGUGAUCAAGAAAGUAUCUGCCGAUCUACUUCGCUUUAACCUCGACCGUGACCUUUUGUAAAUCAACACUCAUGACAUCUCAUUAGUAUUUACUGUUAUCUCGGUAUCUUGUUUACAUGUUUAAUCUAUCGUGGCUAAUUUCACGUAGGACCGAGAUUGAUCCUUUAAGUUUGUCGUAACACAAACAUUGUGGCCAGUGGAAAGUUUGCUUUUAUUAUCGUGCUGCAAAUACCUCACCUUGGCAUAUGUGACACGUGCAAAAGAUUACUACCAAAAUUCCAUCACGAUCUGGUUUAAUACAUUGUAAAUUGCUAAAGGAACUGUAAAACUUGCAUUUUCUAUAGAGAUCUCUUUAUGAAAAGUUGUACAACCAAAGCUCUGAAUUAUGGAUUGUACUAAAAACUUAAAACUUUGCUAUCCUUUGGUUUAGAAUAUGACAGUUUUCUAAAGGUUAUUUUAAAGGUGACCGACUUUCAAAUUUAAAUCAAAGUCAUGCUCCUUGGGUAUUGGGGCAAUGAAAUAGAAGACACUAACCAAAUAAAACUAUCUAGCAAAAAUUUGAAUAGCACUCUUCAACGCCGUAAAGCGCUUCAAUUCCUAUUUCCAUGAUUCUGAGGAAAAAGAAUUUAUGGAACAAUAGAUACCAUAUACCUUGCAUCGAAUUCUGUGAGGAAAAGUUUCGAAUAUUCAAUGAAGUGCACGCGCUCUCUUUUGUCGUAAAGCGUGUAAACAAGAUUUGACGUUAUGCUUUCUGUGUUUCGAAUUACAGUAUGUAUGAGGGAUGUUCUUACAUAAGCAAUAAAGGACAUUCUCCACAUCUACAUAGCCUCAUCUACAAACGAGGAGGUGAAGAAAAUUAGAGAAAGUUAUGUAAAACGGAGAGCCAAAGAAGUCCUGUACUAUAAGAAUACCUCUAAUUUUUUUAUAACGCCGUUAUAGAUUCUGACAGGAGCUCAGGGCUAAAAUUCUCUCCUGAAGUUUAAUAGUAAUGUUCGAUGCUUGGGAUAAGUGGAUAAAGCACAUUUCAGAUGAAGCGUCCAGCUUUUGCGUCGAUCAUUUUGAGGCUUCAAGGGGCUGUCCUGGUGUACCGGUACACGGGGGAAUUCCUAUUGUUUUCAUAUCCAUACAUGGAGUUGUGACGCAGUUCGUUAAUGUUUCGUUCCCUUGUGUACCGGUACACGAGGACACAACCGGCUUCAACAACCCCCACCCCCCUGGGCAUUUCAACUUCCUAUCCCAAGGGCCAAAACUGCGUUCAGAUGCCCCACUCAAUAUUGAACGAUUCUUUGUGUGAUCGACGCGUACGAAUUUUGUAGAGUUUAGCAAAGUCAAGUAUUAGCUUUUAGUGGUGCUGUUGGGUUUCGCUUGCAAGCAUCAUACUACGAUGUGAAAAUUGUCUUUCUAAGCCUUUCGCUCACGAAAGCUGACUCUCUACCUUUAACAAGUGUAUUACGCUGGAGCUGAGACUUGACAUUUCGGUGAAAAUGCCCCACCCCACCCAGGCAAGGUUCCGUUUCCCCUCCCCGGGCACGGACGACAGUCAAAUGCCUGUGGGUUGCCCGAGGAGAGGAUACUGAAGCUUCGAAUUAAUCUGUGCAUUAGAAUUGGUGCGAUUUUUACACAUCAACAUCACUUUGCCUGAAGCUUGCUUUCGCGAUCUGUGUUUUCAUUAAGCGCUCAAAAACCAUCUGACAGGUGGAAUAAAUCCACUCUAAAACAGGACUGGAAAGUUUCGUAGCAGGAAAGUUAUGCAGUUUUCCAAUCUGACAUAUUAAUGGUUAUCAAUCGCAAUGUCCAGUUUGCUAAAAUUUGACUUGCUUGCUGCUCAAUUCAAAAAUUCCUUUUGAUUCCGUCUUUUGAAAAACAAACAGGCCAAAUUGUUUGUCAAGAUCUCAUGCUAUAGCAUUUUUCAAGGUCUGGUGGUGGUUCUGGAAUAUCCUGGGUAUAUGAGAUAAUUCACUAUUUUGGGAAAAAAUGAGUUUGCGUUCCAAAAAAGAAAAACUCAGCUCUCGAACCUGGCUUCUUUACAUGGUGUUUUCGGAAGCUUGUAGCUGUUCAAAAUAUACUUCAUUGUUGUCCAGUUUUGGUUGAUGAUAAAAACAGAAUAUGAGGGACGAGCCUAUGGAAGACAACGAAGCUUACAUAUCAAAUUGAGCUUGAUGCAUUUGAUGUCCAGUUUCGUUUAUCAAUUAAACUUCCUUCUGAUAACUAGUCUGCAAUCGCUCUGACGAAUGGCUGACGCUCGAAACGUCAGUCUUUAAACUCUUUAAGGUGGUCAAUUUACGUUUUCAACUCAGUUGUUAACACUAAAUUAUCUGUUUUACUCUCCCACAGACGCAGCAUCACAGUUUUUUUAGAAACUUACCCCCUUUAUGCAUUAAAGUUAACUGUACAUGUAAACGUGUAAAUCAAAUUAAGUAAGAUUAACGGUUAAGUACAGUACAUUUUUUUCGGUUUAAGAUGGAUAUUAAGUGCACAGAAAGAUUAUCUAUCGUAGCAUAAUAUUUUUUAAUAAUGUGGCUCGUUUUGACAGUCGAAACUUCCGAGUCUUUAUAAGGAUUUCUACGAAUUCGUUCUUCAUACCAGGUUUUAGCAUGCAAUGUUUAUUCAAAAUCUCCUACACACAGAAAAUGAAAAAUUGGUCACGAAGUUCAGAUUAACUCCAGUCCUCAGUAGGUCUCAUGCUAAACAGAAAAUUUUAGCACUAAAAUACAAGGAUACAUAUCAGCGCUCAUGGGUCUCACUAUGUUUUCUGUGCUGGAAAAUUAUCAGCGAAGUACAACUUACUUUUAUUUCUUUAAACGAGAACUGUAAAUUCAGAAGCUUAAGCUAUUGUUUUUGACUAUGUAAAUAAGCCUGUUGUUAAUCGCAAAACAACCAAAACAACUGCGUUUUCUUUUAGGUUUAUCCUCUUUUUCCCAUUCAAAUGGACUGGACUCAGUAUAAAUUAAUCGCAGUUUGACCCACUUCCAAUAAAGGUAUCAUAAUAGUCCGUCCUAUCGUACUCGGUGUACUUGUACUUGUACAUGCAGCGAUGCUGAAGUAUCUUCCACCCCAUCUAUUUUGAACGAGACCAGGAGCUCAUUGCUUAAUGGGCUCCUGACGACAUUACUGCUAUAUCAGUUCAGCAAUCUAGAAAUCGCUCGAUACUCUCUGUUUAAAAUUCAAUUGUUAAUUUUUCGAAAUCUCAGUAACAUUAAUUCGGUAAUUCCUUGCCUGCAAAGUAGUAAAGCUCAUUAAUUCAGCCUUCGGUUUCCCCUGAACCUUGAAAGUAAAUUGAUUUUGCAAAACCGAUUUUUUGAAUAAAAAAAUUCGGGAUGUUUGUAUGAUGGACUAGUAAAUAACGGGAUUGUGUCUAAAACAACAAAACAAAGCUAUGAAAAUAAAAUUCAGACCCAUAAAACACUUUCUUAACUAUGGUCUUCCUCAUUCCCUACAGUUCUUUCAGUUCCCUUAUUAUUCAAAAAAGAAAUAUCGUAAGCACUUAUAUAUUAUUCUUAGUGCACUAAAGCCAUUCCAUAGGCAAACGUAAACGGUAACAGGUAUUGCAUACCAAGUGUUGUCGGAGUAGGAGCUGAAAAAGUAGAGCAAUAUCAUCACCACGUUUGUUACCACAAACGAAAUCUUCGAGAAGAAGCGUAUUUUCAUGAAACGUUCGCGGGGCUCUUCGCCGAGGUUCAUAGUCACAAACCAAUCCGAGAAUGUUGCGUCCUUCAGCCAGUAGACGGAGAAGAACAUUAUCAUGAUGGCUUGCAAUUCCCGCAGCUUCGUGAGGCAACUGCCAUCCUGAACGGCAGCAAGUGACGCUAUUAAGAAAAAACGAAGAACGAAAACACUCAGAAUCCACCAACGGUAGCUGACAGUAAAGAAUGUAAUUGCAAAGAGUCGGCUACUCAAGAAAAUUACGUUUAGCAAGGAUGUUGAAAUUUUUUUUUUUAGGUUAAGCAGCUCGAACAAGCCUUUUUUAUCAUAAAACAAUCCUUCGCUGAUAGUAAAUGCCACCACUAUGCUCGUGAAAGAACUCAGAAGCGAAAUUAUUUGAAUUGUGCCGAUCGGUUCUUUUUGAACUACCAUGGCGUACAGUUGUAUGAUAAACUGGGGCGCAGAUUCCACCGACGCUUCAACGUACGAAGCUACUUUGCUAAACACCACUAUUUUUUCCUCUUUGUCCUCAGUAGCUUCAUCCUCAUUAGCUAUAUCAUCGUUCGAUUCAGGAGCAGGGUCGACGGAAUCGAUUUCUGCGCCCCUCCAAAGUUUCUCAAAGUUCUUCAAGCAAAGGAUAAGUACUUGAAAGUUUGCCCAAGCAGCGGAGAAAGGGAUGACAGCUGCACCAAAACGACGGCUGACGUAUGUUUCCAAUUUCGUGGCGGUAAAGUAGGUAGCAAGACUGAGGAGAGGCAGAAUAGCAUAACUGAACCAUUGGAAGAAGCAGACACGGUAGAAUUACGAAAAGAGCCCCCAUAAUAAACCAUGUAAUGUGACCAGCGCGGUAAAAGUUCGAUACUGUUAAUAUAUCUGUGACCGGAUCAACCAAGCUUAUAAUGCUUCCAACGAUACAAAGGAUUAUGCUGUACCACCUCAGUUUUCUUGUAAGCACACCCAUUUUUUAGAACUUUCCACUUUUUGUCUUCUUGUCACUCACAACUUCUUGAACGUGCGAAACGUUUCUGUAAAAAGUUCGGUGUCUUACGUUCUCACUGUGAGAAUAUUUGACUCUCCUCGAUCUGUAAGCUGAAUAAUGCAUGAGUGAUUAAUGUUAACGUGCUGUGCUGCGCAACACAGACGGAGAGCUAAAAAAGGAAGAGCGACGGUCGUAUGUUAAAAUACAGACAGAAACAACACUUGUUCCAAAAUCAAAAGAUAAUAAGCACUGUCUGUCUCUAUUCAUUUAUUCGGUGAUGGUAUUUUCAAUAAUCACAGUCAUUUAAGUACAUAAUAGUGCAUAUAUUUAUCCAAGUUGUUUUAACGAGUUUCUUUAGCAUUUAUUCGGUGAUGGUAUUUGCAACAUAACUAGUUGUUUGAACGAGUUUUUGUAGGAGAAUUUCUCGAAUUUUUCGUUUUCUCUUCUGCAAAAACUUAUUUUGUUGUGAGAAUAAGCUGACUCAGUCAAAGCUAGGAGCUACUUCAAGUCAGUUUGAAGUAAUAUCAUGUUAUUUUUUCGCGAAAUAACGCGUGAAAUUUCUAACGGGCGAAAACUGUAUGCUCACCAAUUUUGAUAUGUGAAGAGUAAAAUUAUCACGAAGAUUCUUUAGCAUUAAAAUAUUUAUACUAUUUUCACAAAAUAUUCUAACAAAACUGACUCGUUAAUAAUUUAUUUGUCUGCCUCAAAGAAUGGCUGCCUCGCAAAUUAAAAACUCCUACUCAAAGAACACCUGGACAAGGUUUCGUAUAGAUCAGCAAUGUCCUGUGAGCCAUUGCACGGAGGUAACUUAUGCAGUUUGACUUACUGGGAUUUCAUGAGACCAUAAAGUGAUCUAGCGUUUUCCCGUACUUUCUGGUAAGAGUUUUGAGCCCUGCUGACAUAAUUAUCAAUAUUCUAUUCAGCAGUUUUACUUCCAGGAUGCACGUGGAUUCCAAAAUAGUUGCCAUGGCUUUUGUCUGCGCAGUUGCCAUCCAAGGAGGAGUCCCAAGUCCCAAGUCUCAAAUCCAGUCCAAAAUGUAGUUCCAGAUAAUAAAGUGAGCCUGCAAACAACCACAAAAUGGCGGAUACGGCUCCAUCUUUUGGUUACCCAAAAUUUUCCUUGAGUGAACCGCGAUUUGAUCAAGUAGGUAUAAUUUUUUCAAAUUGAGAAAAUCCCAAUAGCUUUCAUUUUAAGAUCGCUCGAUGUUUUGGUGGAAUUUGACCAGUAAUUAGGUAUUUCUCUGCAAUAAUGCACCCUCAAAUUGAUGUCUCCAUUCUCUUAGAAAACCUAUUUGGGACGAUUGAAGCGCUGCCUUGAUGUAACAGAUCCUAGAACCUUGUUUGUCAGCGAGGUCUGUUUAUUUACAUGUUAAUAACUUGCUAAAAUUUUAAAUGCCGUGAAGCGUUGCAGUUAUAGUGAAGAUCAACUGAGUCGACUAUCUUAAUGUAAAUUGGCCUCCGUAGAGAGGUAAAAAAGCUGACGUUUUGAGCAUUACCCCUCGGUCAGAGCGGAUUCGCUCUGCAAAAGCGCUUACGUUCGAAACGUCAUUUUUUUCCCUAUCUCUCUACGGUGGCCUAUUUUCAUAAUCAGCUUAGUCGAUAAAACCAAAUUAUUUACCCUCUACCGUCGCAGCACUACAGUUUUUAAAGAAACAUACCCUUUGUUUUAGCGUUACAGAUAGAUUAGAAAGCAAUUGUAGAUCUAAAAUCGAUCAUGAUUGUAGUCAGUUUAGUAAUUUAUUUAAUAAGCAAAAUAAUUAGCUCUUUAUACAGCCUGCAUAUAAUUAUCAGAACCCUCUCUGUCAUUCUUUGAUCAUGAGCUUGUCUGUAUUUUAGAAAAAGCUUCAAGACUCCAUACAGCUUUUGAAACAAUUUGAAAAUGGAACCCUACCUCAAGGAACAAGGGAUCAGAAGGUAACUGAUGUCAGUUGGUAGAAAUGAAAUGUCAUGAUGGUGUGUGGGGGUGUGUUGGCUUUAUGGUUAGUGCACUGGACUCAAGGUCACGAAGUAUGGGGUCUAAAACCUGUCUGGGUCAUUGUGUUGUGUUCUUGGGCAAAACUCUAUAUUUUCACAGUGUCUGUCUCUACCCAGGGUAUAAAUGGGUACUAGUGACUUGUUAGGGAGGCCUGAUGAAAUGUCAAGGGGUAACCUUGGGAUGGAUUAGAAUUCAAUUCAGGUGGAAAUGGUAAUAACCCUGGUUGCUUUAUAGUGUGGAAACUGAGAUGAACUUUAUCACAUCACUCGAGCCCAAUUAAAUGAGCAUGGCAGUCACUGUGAGUUGGUAUCACUGUGCUGCUACGGGUGCGGGGAUAUCUAAUGCAGUGGUAAUGUGCUCACCUCCCAUUGCUGUGACUAUAAAAAAAGAAAUGUGGAAUUCUAACUCAGGCAUGCAGCAGAUAGGCCUCCAAAUGAAUUCUCAAUCUUAUUGGCUUUAUAUGGAUGAAUAAAUUCACAUUGAUCAUCACUAUUGUGAGUGUAAAUUGCAAGACAAAUAAUUGCAUCACAGGGAUACCAACUAACCAGGAUGGCUAGUUGGUUAGUUAGUCUGUUUUUCAUAUGUUACUGAUUUUUUUGGGCUGGUUAUUUACAUGAGUUCUAAUCCAAACCACAGUUUUUGUAAGUAGUGGGCUUAAUGAUUCUCUAUAAGUGGGUUGAUAUAAUUAAAAAUUUGUCCUUCCACAACUAGCUUUAGGCCCUCUUGACACUGUGCACAAAAGUAAUUGUUCAGAUGAAAGGUUUGGCUAAAUUGAAUAUGGCUUAGAAUGUGGUUUUGUUAUACAAGGGCUAAACUUUGUUUAAAUAACAGGCCCUUUGAGUUUGGCUCUACUCCUAAUUAAGACUGCAUGGUUUCUGCAUUAAUGAGAAGAUGUGGUUUAAUAAGUUUAGGCUGAAAGGUUACAAUUAGUUGUUAAGGUUAAAUAUUCCUGGUUAAUUGAUGAUUUAAUGUUUUCUUUUUUUGCUGAUAAAACAAGCUGUGGGAGGCAAGAAAAAUCAAGGAGGUAAAUGUGUUUUAAGAUGUUUAUAAAAUUAUAUGGCAAAGGGUUAGUGGAUAUUAUUUUUGAAGGUAAUUGAACUAAGUGGGGUGCAAUUUGGUCUGAAAUCAUCCACAGAUUUCCAAAUUUGAACAAGUGCACAGUGGAAGUUUGAUUUUAAAUCAGAAAAUUUAAUUGCCCAAAAACAGGAUUUGUGUCAGUAGAAAUAUCUCAUUUUUGCCACUCAAAAACUUUAAGAACUUUAAAUUCAUCCAGUUUUUGGAUAAAAAGAAAAGUUUUGGGGACAAAAGAUGAAAAAUUUGCCUCUCAAUGGGUUCUAUGUCUUUCACUUCCUGCAAUUUGAUUAGUGUCUUUAAACAAGCCUCAAAUUCUGAUAGAUUGUUUAGUGUGAAUUGAGAAUAAAUCACACUUCUGAGAGCCAAUGAGAUUACAAGGAUCACCAGGAAUUUAAAAAUGGAUGUAAUGGUGGGCAAUAUUUAGACCUUUGAUUAGAUUACAAAGUGUUUUCUUGUUGCUUCAAUAGGCCAUCAUUCAUCCCGACACAGGCCAAAAAGUGUUCAUGCCUUUCAGAAUGUCAGGUUAGUAAAUGCAUAAUUUACGGGAAGUUCUAUGAUACAGUUGGAGUAAGUGCUUAAAUCUUUUCAGAACCAAUUUUCUUAUCACUGCUGUUACUGGUUUUCUCUUACAGGUUAUGUUCCUUUUGGAACAGUUACAGUGAGUUGUAUGGUUGAUUUAUUUCAUCUUUAAUGGUUUUUUGAACUCACUCUAAAUGUGAUAUAUUUAAGUUUUCCAAUCUUUCCCAAAAAAAUUCAUUCUUGAAUUCAUGCAUUAUAAUCCAUUAGGUUGUGGGAAUGCUGUUACCUGCACCAUCAUUGAGGACAGUUAUAUUUUGGCAGGUGAGUUUCCAUACAUACAUACAUACACAUACUUUAUUUAUUCUCGAAAUUCACAGUGUAGCUGUAGAGCUAAUUAAUAUCUUUGAGAAAAUAAGCUAAAAUAAAAUAAAAUAUGCUAUAUUACAAUUCCAAUAUUAUUUAUAAACUAUAUACAACAUUAUGCAUGCAGAGGGAAAUAUAACUUGUAGAUCUACUGUGGAAAAGCUUCAUAUCUGAGGAUCUCCUGUUUGAAUUCUUGUUUUAUAAAAGUUGAUUUUAUUUUUAGCAAGGGAAGGAUAAUUAAGGGACAUAGUGGUAUAAUGGCAUGUCUGGCUAAGGAUUCCAAGGUCUGGGUUUGAAACAUGACUGGGUCAUUGUGUUGUGUUUUUAGGCAAGACACUUUACUCUCACCCAGUGCCUCUCUCUACCCAGGAGUAUAAAUGGUAACAGUGAACAGUCAAAGAGGCCUGAUGAAAUGCUGGGGGUAACCUUUAAUGGACCUGAUACUCUCAAUCUCUUCCAGCUAUGGAAACUUGAAUAAGUUUUGGCAAGAUGAGCCACUUGACUCAAGUGCAGACUUAAACCUUUUUUAAAGACAUCUUUAAACCUGGCAGCAGCCCAACUGACCAGAGCUUAAUGCCAUGUCUGUAGCAUGAAGAGCUAGAAUUGUUGCUUCUACACCCCUUCCAAGCACCCCACCCCCCACCUGCUUCCCCUCAAAGUUUCCCUACCACUUUUCUGGUGUUCAGGUUCCCAUUCAAUGUUUCCAUGUGUAUUGUUUCAGUGGAUGAACCAAAGUCAUAAUGCAGCAGUGAACUACUCCAACAGAAAUGCAAGCAAGGUUAGAAGUUGUUUCAUUGUUUUAUUGUUAAGAAAAAGUAAUUUAAUGUAUGAGUGAAUAAUGAUUUACUGCACAUUAAGUUUUGGAACUAAUUGGUUUGUUUUUCUGUUUAUCUUUUAUCUUAAGCCAACACCAACCAGCAGAUUUUUGUUGAGUUAUUUUGGUGCUGUCACUAGUGCAGUUACAAUUGCGGUAAGUCGGCUUCUGAAUUAGAAAAUUAUCUGAUCAAAACAUGGCUGCAAAACCUGCUUUGCCCAAAUUCUCUAUAAAAUACAGAUCUCAGUAUCGCCAGGAAAAAUCAGAUUGCUUAAUCAGUUUUUGACUUUUUUGAUUCAACUGAAUGUUCAGUCAAGAAAAAUAUUGUAAUAGUAGUAUAAACUAUUGAGUUAUUCAUUGUUAGACUUUUUUCCCUUUAGCUUGGGCUAACUACCCUGGUUAAAAGAGCAAAGAUUUCCAAUCCUUCCAUGAAAGCUUUACUUCAACGAUUAAUAGCUUAUCCAGCCACAGGUAUUGUAGAUGUACAGUUUUUCCUUCUUUCGGGUUCAGUUUUGUGCGUGUGCGUGUGCUUUUACUUGCGUGUUCGUGCGUGCGUAUUCGUGCGUGCGUUCGAAUGUGAAUGUUUUGUGCAGUCUUUUAACUUCUUGGGAGUUCGUUUCUUUCUGAUUGCUUUACAGCAACUGCAAACAUAUGUAAUGUCGUACUAAUGCGAAACCACGAGCUUUUCACGGGAAUUGAAGUAAAAGACAAAGAUGGGAACGUUGUGGGAACGUCAAAAAUAGCUGCUCGAAAGGUAAAUCGUGAAGAUGACAUUCUUUAGUGCGAAGAUCCCCGUGAAUGAUUGCACUGCUUUGCACUUAGUGGUUGCUUAACGCAGCUAUGAAAGCUCGCGUUUGUGAAAUUUUCCUGUUUUUUUUUUCUUUUUUAAUUUUUCUGCAAUGUUUCUUCUUUUUCCCUUCAGGCUGUUUUUGAAACAACUGUAACUAGAAUUCUUCUUCCUUUACCCGUCUUGGUUAUUCCACCGUUUGUUAUGCAACUUUUAGAAAGGUAACAUUUGCAAUUUAAGUUCAGUCGGAGCAACUUUCUCUUUGGAAACUAGAAAUUUGCACAUUGUUUGGCUGAACAAAAAGGCACUUUUUGUGCCAUAUUUCGUUUCAUUUUCCGCAUUUACCUUAAGAUUUUCCUAAUUUAAGAUUUUCCUAUUAAAAUGAUAAUAAUAAAACAAAUAAACAAACAAAAGAAAAAACACGCACGUAAUUUUUGAGACCAAACUGCCUAACAUUCAAACUCCCUAGAUCCAAUUGUCAAUUCUCCCUUCUAGUUGCUACACAUUUCCUAGUAACUAAGUUACGAGAAUUGGGUCUUAGAUCAAAACAACAACUCUACUUGAUCAGUCUAGGUAUUUUCACCGCCUGUAUGCUGGACAAUGUAUGGAUAUUAUAGGGAGAAAUAACAGGUUGAUCACUUCGAGAGCUAAAGGGUUAACUAGCGAAAACCCACUAGUUGUUGAUUUGCUCUUUUGUGCAUAGGACUAAAUUUAUGAUAGCACGUCCCAAACUUCACCUUCCCGUCCAAGCGCUAGUUUGUGUGGCAGCGUUUGGCUUUGGUCUCCCACUGGCCAUUGCUUUGUUUCCGCAAACAUCUGAGGUAAGAACAUAUAUAUUAUCAGACGUUUUGGUGUGUAGUAUCGCUGAGUAUUUUUUUAACGAGUUGUAUUGUAUCUUGACGAGCCCUCAGGGCAAGUCAAAAUGCAAACAACAAAUAAUAGGGAGUACUACACACCAAAAAUGUCUAAUGAGUUAUUUACUAUCCAACUGCUUCUUUUUUCUGCCAAGUAUUUCUGCUCAUUCCUCAUAAGGCGGUAAAAGCAAAGCGGAAAGAGAACCCUAACGCGCGCAGCCGACUGGUUAAACAGGUUCUUUUUUGCGACACCGAAUAAACAACUGUACAAUAUCGCCUGAUAAUUUUACUCUAUUCGAGCGUAGUUUGCACUCUACUUCGUGCAGUUGGAUGAUAAAUACGAAUAAUUGCUCUCGAUCAGUGGGCUGAAGAGAAGAGAGAUCCCCUCUUGUCCAGACAUAGUUUGCAUAACUUUCGAGAAUUCUACCGCUCAUCCGAGUGUUUAGAUCAGAUUUUCUAGAUAUACAGCUGUUUCGAGAAAGUUUGUCGGAAAUAGGACAAAAGUGCGUGCAACAAUCUCGAAAGGUAAUUCUGGGUAUUUGGUAAUCAAGGAAUUUGAAUAAGUGAAUAAAAAAAUGAAUUCAUCAAAUCCGCUAUGCAUCGUCCUUUAGUGACGUUUCCUCAGAUUUCCCUGAAAUUCUAAGGUCAAGGAACCGUGACCUAAAAACUACCUACAAUAACCUCACACGUUUACUCUUAUUUUUUUCUUCGUCAACCUUGCUCGAAACAGCAGAAAAUUUAACAUAUCUUUUUUUAGGGGAAAGAGGAUGUGUAGAGGGCCACUUGCGAAUCCAUAAUCCAUAUUGACGGGACGGACAAAAAUAUGGCUUCCCUCUAUGAUAUGAAAAUUCAUUACGAACGUUGUUUAAGUUUCGAUGCGUGCUAUUUUAUCUAUUUAUUCAUGUUUUCUUUUCAGGUUUUGCCGUCUGAACUGGAGAGUGAAAUUCAGCAGAAGACAAAACAUUCAAAGCUUUACUAUAACAAAGGACUGUGAAACAACUGUGAACACUUUGAAAGCAAUCUGAUGUCUUCGUCAUUCAAUUUAAAAUAUGCAAACCAAAAUGAUUUCACCAACGUCUAUUCUUUUGACACAUCUAAAUGUUUGUAGAAAUUAUUAAAAUCUGCUCCAAGAGCAUCAGUGUAACCAAUUUUUAGAAAGUAAAUUGAAUUAUGCACGCAAAAUGUAUUUGUAAUCGAAUCAAGGGGAAGAACUUGUUUCUAGUUAAUCUCAUGUGAAAGGCUUGUACGAGGAAAACGCACUGUCAAUUAAAAAAACUUUAAAGAACCAAG